AUGUUGCAUUCAGAUCUUGGAUUUGGGAGUGGCAAGGCAAAGGCCGUUUAUGGUAGAGAUGGUCAUCUUGGCAUUACACUGGUAAAGUUUCCUGGUGACCAAUCUGGCUUAAAAGAUGCUGUGAGGAUGUCGGAUUAUUUUGAGAAAGAAAACCAUGGUAGAAGGGGUUGGACACGUGUACAGUCCUUGACAUUGGGCAAGGACAGUGACAGCAACCCUAAUCUUGUGAAGAUUGAUGAGAAGACGGGAGAGAAGACCAGAAUUUUCUACGCCUAUCUAGGAAUUGUUUCUGAUCUGGACAAGUUGGAUUUUGAUACAAGGAAGAAAACCGUGAUUGAGAGCAGGCGGGAAUACAAGCCAUCUAAGUAG